GUCAUGUGGCAAUUAGGGAAUUAACUGUGUUCAACGCACAUGGAAUGCAUAGAAAAUACAAUUGGUUUUCUUACAACACUUGAGAUCUUUUACAAUGUUGGCUGCACGCCAUCGUAAUUUGUAUCGUUGGAACCGGUAUAGUAGAAUUGUUUGUAAACCGUAAGGAAGUUGUGUGGAACUAAGUUCGUAAUUGUGAGGUGCGUUGGAAUGAAUUAUUACACAGAUUAUCAGGGCUUUAUGCCGCCCGCUGCUAAUGGUAUACAGUCUACAGGUACGGCUGGAAUACCGGGCCGGGAUGAUGACAGAAAGUUGUUUAUCGGCGGGCUUCCGAGACAGAUUACAGAGAACGAGAUUAAAAAUUAUUUCAGUUUGUUUGGAGACGUUGACAGCGUUACGAUUAAAAUUGACCCUUUCACGGGACAGUCAAGAGGCUUUGCCUUCAUAGUAUUUGUAGAUCCGAAAACUAUUGACCAGUUGCUGUCGUCUGAACACUAUAUAAACAGCAAGAAAGUAGAUCUCAAGCGAAUCAUAAAAAAGUCGCAGCAUGGCAAAAUAUUCGUUGGUGGCUUGACCGCUGACAUAACAGACAACGACAUUAAGUCUUAUUUCUCCCAAUAUGGUACUGUAGUCGAUGUGCAAACUCCGUAUGACAAAGCUAGAAAUCAGAGAAAAGGCUUUUGCUUCGUAACUUUCGACUCGAAAAAUGUAGUUCGUGAGCUGUUGAAGACACCCAAACAAUUCAUCAAAGGAAAGGAAGUAGACGUCAAAAAGGUCAAGGUGAAUCAAGAAGGUACUGUCACUGCAGCUGGUGGUAGAGUUUUUCCUGGAAAUUGGGUGAACCAAGGCUAUGGAACUUACGUUGGCUCAUAUCCGCAAGAUUUUGGAACUAAUUAUAGUAGUACAACCUAUGAAGGCUAUGACUACUCGACGGAUUACACAACAGCUUAUGAAUACCCAGGAGGAUAUGUGUAUGAUGGUUUCAGUGGAGUCCAAGGCACGUACUCAACAGCUGGGAAACCAAGAGUAGGUGCUCGUCAGCUACAGAGACCUCAGCCGUACUAGUACCUGUAAACAUGUAUGUUUCCUCCACUGUUUGAUUAUCAAACUACUAUAACUCUUAAAAUCACUGUGUGUUGGGUAUUUGUGUAUCACAGUUUUUUCCCUUUUGUUAUGCUGUAAAAAGUAAAUCAUUGUUAAUUGGGAAACCUGAAUUGACUUAAGUUUUGCGUCAUGUUAACUGCAAGUUUUGCCAUGUGCCCAUAAAUUAUGCCCCAAUCCUGUAUCUUCAGCAUCAGUGAAGCCACAUUUCAGUAUUUCCAUACUUUUAUAGUCAUUGGAUUUGAAACGAGUGAUCAGAAACAUAUCACAUUUAAUAAGUUAUGGUGGUAGAACAUCAUUGGUGCUGCCUUCAGGCUGUGAUGUUUCUGUGACUUAAAAUUUAAUUUAUGUUAGUCUGUUAAAUAAGCUUCAUGUAUUGAGUUGGUGACUUAUCUGUGGUGAAAGCUAAUCCUAAAGUCCAUGGUAUUUUCAUUACCCUUGUGCUGUGGCACAUAGUUUCUUCUGGAAGAAUAUACUAAUUCAUAUCCUUACAGUGUGUGUGUUAGUGUGUUAGUGUGUGUGUGUGUGUGUGUGUGUGUGUGUGUGUGUGUCAGAUACAAACAGCAUAUUUGUACAACAGAAGUAAGAUUGCUAUAUAAAAUGCAGACAUCAGAACAAAUUUCACAGAAACUAAAUGCUGUUUAUAAUAUAAUUUGUGCUUUUGCUAAUUCACACAAAUUUAAGAUGUGGUUUUCAUACUGUUUCUUACAUUUUUAAGGCAAAAGAGACUCUGUGUGUGUGUGUGUGUGUGUGUGUGUGUGUGUGUGUGUGUGUGUGUGUGUGUUAUAUAUGUAUUUACACAUACAUACAUAAUGUUGUAGAAUAAAUUUCCAUGUCAUUACUGUGUGAUCUACAUGUAAUUUCAAUUAGUGUGUGCCCUAUAUAUUUUGUUUUGCAAGAAUUGUUGUCUCAUUGCUAGUUUCUUUCUGUUAGCAUGCUGUACACUGUGUUACAAGGUCAGCAUAUGCAAUGUGUGACACUUUUUAUAUUGCAGCUUUCAUAUUGAUGUACAGUUUUUCUAUUGAUCAUGUUUUUUUAGUGGCUAGAAAUAUAUCUAUGCAUUAUUGUGCAUGGUUGAUCAAUGCAAACUUCAAUUUGAUACUAAGUUUACAUAUACUAAAUUAAGAGAAUCUGAUUUUUUAGGUAUUUGUAUGAGAUAUGUUAAAAAUAGGAAUGAGGGUCAUGUACUGGUUUUAAUUAUUCAUAUUAAUAGACCCUAGGAUUGAAGGAAGGAGGAAAAAACACAGGAAUCACUCCCAGAUGGCAUAACAUGCAGUUGCAGAACAUUAAUGUUCAUGUACUGAAAGUCCAUGAGCUAUGUCUUCAGUUAAUGUAUUUAUAAAGAUUAUUUUCCCUUUCUGUUACUUUGUUAUUUUGGAAAUACAUGAACCUUACUCAAGAACUAGCGCCAAAUCUGUAUUUUUGUUAAUUGUCAUUAAACAGCUUCUAAAUAUG